AUGUAUGAAGACAAAUCAGGCUUGCCUAUCCUGUGGACACUUUCUCUAGUCUACAGGAUUCUGACUGGCUCAGUCGCGAUGUCCUGCUGCUUCGGUGAAGAAUCGAGGGAGCAGCAGCGCAUCAACAAGGAGAUCGAACGACAGUUAAACAAGGACAAAAAGUCUGUGAGGAACGAAGUGAAACUCCUGCUUCUUGGUAAGCUCAAAGGCACGAAGUCUUCACAAUAG